GUACUCGCUUUGCAUACUGACCCACCGUGGUUCCUAACGUUUCGGCUGGUAUAGUGUGAGCUUGUACUCUGGGGGGACGAGACAUUGCAAGGACAGGGCCCAAUAUGUCGGCCUCCAGUGCGUCUGCGCUGAUUCUCUUUGCCCUAGGUCUUCAUCUCGGUGGAGUGGAAGCAAACCAUUCAGUUCAGGGAUUAGUCGCUUCUCCAGUUGACGGAGACCCCCUUGCUCUCAAUGUGACUUGGAGGUACCCGACCGCGGGACGUCUUGUCCUGGAGCACGGCACACCGAGGUAUUUCUCCAUCAGCUACUCGUGGGCAGACCGCUACGGCUGCCAUACCGUGCUCAACGCCAGCGACAACAGCAAUCGGCAUCUGGUGGAGAUGAUCCACCGCUCCGAUACGCAGGACCGCGGCCUCUAUCUACUAACGGGACUCCAGCCCAACUCCGGCUAUAACGUCUACGUCCAAGCCAACACCUUGAGCUACGCUUUCCCCGAAUCCAGCACGUACGCAAGGACAGGCCAAAAGGUGCCGAAAGAUGCACCGACCGGUGUGAUGCUGGUCCGCGCCGAGUCCAACAUGACGUCCCUCAAGUUUGUGUGGGAUAACGUACCGUGUACGGCCGGCAGCAGGUCGAGCCGAUUCCUGGGCUACCGCUACAACCUCACUUGGGAUGACUUUACAGCCGGUAUCACGUCUGAGACCAAAGUGGCUGGGGUAUUAGUGACUGACCUAGAGCCCUACACCCGUUACGGAUUUCGGGUGCAGUUUAAGAGCGAAAAGGGCUUAGGUCCGUACAGUGAGCCUUUUAACGCCGUCACAAUGGGGAAAGUGACGCUAAUCCAAGCCUCCGAGGUGGCUACGGGCGAGACGGUGGAGCUCGUGUGUAGUAGUAGAGGGGGCGGGCUCAGAUCUUCCCCUAUACCCGGUCCACACUCCCUCGUUCUCACGGGGUCAGAUGGGGAUGUCCACAGAUCAAGUACUACGGUCAGUGGACGAACGCGAACGAAUCACUUCCGGGUCCUCGUGGAUAGAAACGACAUGGAGUUCACGUGUACGUUGCACUAUGAUGGAGUCGACGAGGUGGUAGGGAGGAAGGCGCUGAGAGUAAUUGUCUACGAAAAGCCGUACUUGCGGACACCUCCUACAGCACGCAUCAGGGACCCAGCCCCUGGCAAUGCGACCGUCACGUGGCUAUCGUGGACGGCAGACGGUGGCGGUGACGGCCCGGUUGAUUACCAGGAGGUUGUUUGGCGACGUGUCGGUGACAUCACCUUCGACAAUAUGCCCGUUAGGUCCGGUUCUGUUUCUGCGGUGGUGACCGGUCUGGAACCGGAUGCAGAGUACGAGUUCGCAGUAGUGCUAUUUCGAAAGGGGGUUCCUGGUCCGCCAAAUAAAGCAAUUCUUGUCGGAAACCCUCCUGCUGCAACAAUGGCAACCAGUUCCUCGGAGGAAAACGCAGGAAAACCAAAGAAAGGUGGCUUCCGCAAUCGCUUCGGACCAGAAACAGACAAUGCCAUCAUUGCUGGUGUGUGCGGGUUUUACUUAACCGUCUUGGUUCUUCUGACAGCGUUUGGAAUUUGGUGUUCAAACACAAAGGAGGAGUCAUCCAGUGACGAGGUACCCCUGACAAAAGACGAAAAGUAACAUCUUGCGAAGCUAAAUCAUCGUGCCUAGACCUGGGUGUUUUUGACAAAAGAAUUAUCGACCAGGUUUCACCGGGUCUGACGGGAGUUAUAAGCCACAAAGCACAGCUGUAUUAUAAGAUUAUUAUUUGUAUGACAGAUGAUCUGCUGUAGGUGAUAAUGGGUGAAUGCCAAGUUACUGUGUUGCAAACGGUGGAUUGGGAUUAGCAUACCAAAUCUUUCGAUAUUUUGGGUUUAAAUUUUCCCGUAAAAUGAAUGAAUAUAACUGGGACAGAACAUUUACUAAAUGCGGUAGUGAAAGGCGAAGCUUUCCCGGGAUGUGAACCCAAUGAGAUAGUUCGGUAUUUCAAAGGCCCGGGUCGUACGGGAACAAAGUGAACACGGAUCAGCGUUUGUCUACACUGUUACGACAGACCAACGCGCGCGUGAAGCCAUUCCCGAGUAGCCUUGCAUGCACUGGCAUGAGCUAGCUGUUGGAAUACCGAAAUGGUUCAUUAGGGAGGAGGGUAGAUGAAAGUGUCUCAAAUGGACCUCUGCGGAGCUCUCUACUGAUGACGCCAAACUUUUUUACGUGUGCUUUCCUAUGGUGCGCCGUAGACCAUGCCCCCACUGGUUCCAUAUGGAAGCGCGCAUGUAAAAGAAUGUGACGUUACCAGUACAUAAGCCCUUUUUCCUCAUUGAAUUGACAAAAAAGGCGAGAAUGUUCUCUAGAAGAGUCACAGCCCUGUUUGCUAAUGAAUGUAGUGUAUAACCAUACAAAUUUAAAUAGGUGAUCUGUUAUUUUUUUUACCUUUGAGAGGAGGUCCUUUUGUUGGAUAAGUUGUAUUACUGACGCUUAAUGCACGACAAACUCAGGUCUGCAGUACUACGUACAAGUUGUAUGUUUGUGCAUGGUAUCUUAUUUUUUCACAAUUCAUAAAAGAUGGCUUCAAACUUAUGUCAACCCGUAGAGUAGUCACCUUGUUUAUGUAUAUAUGCUGACGGUUAAAAGGCACUAAUCCGAGUAAUGGGUAUUUUAAAAGAGUAUGUAUUGUCUUGUUUCUCUCAAAGUUGUGGGAGGUGAUAAACAAGGUACUAGAGUAUUAUAGUAACAGUGACUGUCUCACCAGUUUGUUAAAGUAAUGUUUGCACGAUGUGUCUGUUUACUUUCUCCAUUGAGUUGUAUUGUAAACUUUUGUUUUGCAUAAAACAGUCAGAAUCGUAUGUCUAACUUGACAUCCUUUUGCGACCUUUUCGAAAGAGAUUUUCUGCAGCGUGGUAUGGUUCAAGUGGGAGACCAGAAAACUGCUUUUUGUGGUUAAUAAAUCAAGCUGAAGAUUGAUGACAAACAAAAUACAUUGUACAUCAUGUUGUAGGGGAAGGGCUGGAUUAUCCAAAUAAAACGAACAGGCCUUGUGUUCGAGAACUGCC